GAUGCUACUUUCAUUGAUGCACAACACGGUCCACUUCGGGAAGUUGAAUGCCGUUGUGGAGUGUUUUCUCUUCAAAACCACUUUGCAGGAGCUUUAGCAAAGAUUUUGUGUCUGAAACGGAGCAGCAGGGACCGAGAAAGAAGUCAUCAUGUCUGAGAAGACAUCAUGUCUUCUCAGGGUUUGUGCCUUACUGCUGCUGCUGUUUGGACAAUCUCUACAGGGACCUCCUUCAUUCAGCGUGGAUUACAAGGACGACUGCUUCCGUAAGGAUGGACAAAGGUUUCGCUACAUAUCAGGAAGCAUCCACUACAGCCGGAUCCCCAGAGUCUACUGGAAGGACCGCCUUCUGAAGAUGUAUAUGGCUGGACUGAACACCAUCCAGACGUACAUUCCCUGGAAUUAUCACGAGAAAUAUCCGGGUCAGUACAACUUUAGCGGAGACAGAGAUGUGGAAUAUUUCCUUAAGCUGGCCCAGGACAUCGGGUUGCUGGUCAUCCUUCGGCCAGGCCCCUACAUAUGUGGAGAGUGGGACAUGGGCGGUCUGCCUGCCUGGCUGCUCAGCAAGAAGGACAUCGUGCUGCGGUCUUCAGAUCCAGAUUACAUUGCAGCUGUGGAUAAGUGGAUGGGGAAGUUUCUGCCUAUGAUGAAACCUUACCUGUAUCAGAACGGCGGUCCCAUCAUUACUGUGCAGGUGGAGAAUGAAUAUGGAAGUUAUUUUGCCUGUGACUACAACUACAUGCGUCACCUGACCAAGUUGUUCCGGUCUCAUCUGGGUGACGAGGUGGUGCUGUUCACUACAGAUGGAGCAGGACUCAACUUCCUCAAGUGUGGCUCUAUUCAAGGCCUGUAUGCCACUGUGGACUUUGGGCCAGGUUCUAACAUAACUGCCGCCUUUGAAGCACAGCGACACGUUGAACCUCACGGACCUUUGGUGAACUCUGAGUUUUACACCGGCUGGCUGGACCACUGGGGUUCCCGUCACUCUGUCGUGUCGUCUGCUUAUGUGGCCAAAUCGCUUAAUCAGAUUCUGUCCACGGGAGCGAAUGUCAACAUGUACAUGUUCAUAGGUGGAUCCAACUUUGGAUACUGGAAUGGCGCCAACUCGCCGUACGCCGCACAGCCCACAAGCUACGACUACGAUGCUCCAUUAUCAGAAGCGGGGGACCUCACAGAGAAAUACUUUGCUAUCCAGGAAGUCAUCAAAAUGUACCGCAAGAUCCCGCAGGGACCAGUGCUACCAUCAACUCCCAAGUACGCGUACAGCACAGUUACAAUGAAGAAGCUUCAGACUGUAUCGGAUGCCCUAGAAAAGCUGUCCUACUCUGGUCCUGUUAAAAGCAUCUAUCCCCAGACGUUCAUAGACUUGAAUCAGUCUCUUGGUUUCGUGCUCUAUAGGACUACGUUGCCUGUUAACUGCAGCUCAGCCACUCCUCUGUCGUCGCCCUUGAACGGGGUCCACGACAGAGCGUACGUGUCAGUGGACGGGGUGGCUGUAGGAAUCCUUGAGAGGAACAAAGCCAUAACGGUGAAUGUGACUGGGAAGGCUGGCAGUCAAGUGGACAUACUGGUGGAGAACAUGGGUCGAAUCAACUAUGGAAGAGGCAUCAACGACUUUAAGGGUUUGGUAUCCAAUCUGACUUUGGGGAAGGAGCUGCUCGUGGGCUGGACCAUGUACAGUCUGAGCAUUGAUGAAGCAGUCGGCCAGGGCCUGCUCUGGGAAACAACAUCCACACAGACACAACCCCCUCAAUCUGCUUCUCUGUCCCUUCCAACCUUCUAUGGAGGAAGCUUCACAAUCCCCGAUGGCAUCCCAUACCUCCCUGAAGACACCUACGUCAAGCUUCCCAACUGGAAGAAGGGGCAGAUCUGGAUUAACGGCUUCAAUCUGGGACGUUACUGGCCAGAUCGAGGCCCUCAGGUGACACUUUUUGUCCCAGCCAACAUCCUCAGCACAGACGCGCCCAACAAUGUCACUGUGUUGGAGCUGGAAGGGGCUUCUUGUAACUCGCAGCCGUGCACCGUGGAGUUCACGACCACCCCGAUCCUUAAUGCAACAGUCCAGCCUGAAUACGAACAGCACCGGAGACUUUCUGCUAAAGAGGAUUUACUGUGAUGAAAGAGGGAAUUCUGCUGCACAAAUACAAUCAUUUUGCACUAGACUCACUGGCGUUUGAGCCACAAGUGGGCACUUGCUGAGUGAACUCAAAUAUGUGAUUUAAUUUAAAUGUAUAGAGAAGACGCUGAUUUAGGACAUGAUAUAAAUCUUUUGCCAAAUCCUGUUUUUACUUAUGUCCAUCUGUACCUCACUGGUUCUGUCUGAUAUGUAUUUGAAAUCUCUUUUUGUCUCCUCUCAAAUGGAUAAAGGGAAAUGAAAGCUAUUGUUAGUCUAAUGUGUAUUUCUAAGGUUUUUUUUGUAAUAUUGCUUUGAGGAAAAUGUUUUUGUUUUUUUUGUUGUUUUUUUAGUCAAUCGUUUAAUUGGUGGGACUACAGAUCUGUGCCUUCUAUUCAUUUGGAAACUUUACUACCUAUUGCAAAGAAUUCUCGCUUAAUUCUCGCUCAUCUCAUGUCUUAAAAUAUAAAAUAAAAAUAACAGUUCAAGUCAAA